AUGGAAUCUAAUAGUUGCUUUACGGAAAAGAGGAGAAUAAGAGGAAAAGAUAUCCUUAGAAUGGAUGGUCUUUUACCACCGACCCGUCGUCUGCCAGUGUGUAAUGCUGUAACUUCAACAUCCUAUAAAAAAAAAGAAAAGAAGUGGUCUAUUGGAGGAAUAUUUAAGCGUAUAUCUUCUAUCCGAGAUGAUGACAGUUCUUCCAACGAAGAAGAGAUUGUUUAUUGCAAAAGGGAACCUAAAAAUCUUUCUAAAAUCAAUAAGCAAUCUGACAGUAUCGUACUUCAUCCGGUAAAAAAUAAUUGCGAGCGUCAGACAGAAUCUAAUAAUUUGGUAAUUGAAACUAACGAACAAUCCAUGGAAUCUCUUAAUGUCCAUAUAGAUUCUGUACAUUCACGUAGUAGCGAUGGUUCUUUAGAAGGUUUGGGUAGGAAAAUACGGAAAAAUAAAAUGAAGGCACGCGUAGAGGCUAAAAGAGAUCGAUUAUGUCCUAAUAGUAGUUCUGACGAGGAUUCACGUAUUUCCAAUAACUCAUUGGCUAAAUCUCAAUUAGAGGAUCAUUCACAAAGCAUUUGUAAAACCAAUUCUUACAACAGACGUACUCGAGCUGCUAGAACGGAACGUUAUAUCAAACGUUUAUUUAAAGAAGAAGUGCAUAUAGAUGAUGCUAAUCAAGUAAAUUGUAAACAAGACAGCUUAGAAUGUUUAGACGAAGGACAACGUGUUAUUGCGAAUUUAAAUGAUACACCACGCCAAAUAAUACAUUCACGACGAUCAACGAUACAAUCUAAUGAUCAAAUUGCUCCAACACAUAAAUCGGUUGUGUUGAACACUCAAAAUAUCAAUACAGGUACAGGUUGUUCUGAGAAUUGGUCAUAUGGUAAUCAAACUGAAUAUUCAACUCACAAACGUUUAACAGAUAUGAAUCAAAAUAAUUGUUACGAAAAGAACGCUGCUGCUGCUCGUUGGAUAGAACAGGAUUCAAACAAUUGUUUCACAUUGACAUCAGUGAGAGAUAUCGAUCGUCAAAAAGAUCACACGAUUGAACGAAGAUCGAUGCCAAGAUCGACUAAUCCACCAGAUCCUCCACCUCGUGAUCCUCGUCGUGUUCCUACCUACGCGUGCCAUUCUUUUCCUUUUAAUGGUAGAAGUCAAAAGAAAAGGCUUUUCGAUGGGUAUGCAAAUACAAAUAUGGAUCAGAAAGUCGACUGGAUUGGUACACGAGCAUAUAGUUCGAGUGAGGAUAUUACACGUAGUAAAAAUAUUACACAACGUGAUUCACAAAAUAUGUUUCUUUUAGAAUCCAAAAAGAUCAAUAUUCGUCCACGAGAAUAUACAAAUAAUAAGUACACGUCGAUGUGUAACCGUUCGAACGAGAUCGAACAUAAUCCGUCUCGGUCUCUUCAAAUGGACGAGCCUGAAGCUUCAAAAUGUAGAAGAAAGAAUAAUCGUAAUAAUCAACUUAGCUCGAAUGUUAAUGAACACGAUGAGAGAGUAAAACAGAUUCAAUUAUCAAUGAACUGUGAAACAAACGGUAUAUAUGGACGAAUCUCAGCGCGUAAUACUCAAUCGUCUAGCGAACGUUCGUAUGUUUUUAGAAAUAGCAAUGAGAAUGAAGUGAAUUCUGAAGAAAAGAGUAACGAAACAACGAAAAUGGAUGAAGCAGCUCUAGAGAGAAAACAAUCGUCGAAGAAUCUUGAAGAAGCAAUUUCUGAGUUGGAAGCCAUAUACAAUAGUUUACGACUUGGAGAUGAGGAUUUGUUAGAUCGUGCUGAAAGAAGAAGCAUGGAGGAAUUCAGUCUUAAACAUGGACAACCUGAAGAUGAGCAAGUAAAGCCUAAUCGUUUGGAUUCACCUGAUAGAUUGAAAGAUGAUAUGGCCUAUAGAAGAAUGCAUCCUGUUGAACGACCAACUUCUUUGUCGGAUAUUAUUGGACAAUCAUCAUUUUCAAACAUCAGUUACCUCAUCGCUUCACCUGUUCUUUCGCGUAGGGACAAUAUGUUUGAUGAAACUAAGACACCUAUUGGUAUAACUCGUCGUGACGAGCCGGAUGUAACGAGAGACGACGUUGUCUUCCGUAGUAUACAUCGUGCCAAUAAUACACUUAAAGUUAUCGAACCUCAACCACCUUUUGGUAUACCACUUGGACCAGUGACCACUGCUACGGAGAGCGAUUAUCUGCACACAGUGCCAAAUAAAUUUAAUCCACCUCGUUCGCCAUAUAUACCACAAUGCGAACCUGACGUUGUUACGGAUGAUUUAGCUUUUAGGACACUUAGAAAGGAUUCCACGACAACAUCGGCAAAGAACAACGCAGAUAAUCAAACAGAAAGUAUCAACGAAUCUGUCAAUGAAUUUCCUGCUAAGAAAAAGAGAGCUGUUAGGUCUCUUUCUGCUAAUCUUUAUGGGCUGAUAAAUCAAGAACGUAUACAUUUGCACAGACAGCCAAGCCUACAUGAGAUCAACGAUGAUAUCGAGAAUAUAAAUAGUAAUCGUAAAUUCGUAGAUAAGAUAGAUCAUUUUAGACGUGUUGUUAGCGAUGGUGAAUUAUCCGAUCAAGGUAGUAUAAGAUGGCGCGGAGAAAGAUAUACAAAGAAUACUUUUGACAUAAACGGAAAUCAUCACGAUUCUGGUCUCUGUAGGAAAAUGCUUCGAGUUUAUGUCUCGCCAUCAACGACGAUGCAAUGGUCGAAUAAAAAUUCUAAUAAUCGCGAAGAAACGCCAACGUCCACUUUUCUCAGCGCUACCAGACGAACUUCGUCUGUUGACAUUACUUCAGAUUCUUGGAAACCCACUCGCGAUGAUUCCUUAAUUGGUAAAGAUAAUACGGAUUCAGAUUUUACCGCGUACAGUCGUCUGUGUCAAGACUUGGUAAAUAUAAUCAAAGGAUCCGAUGAUUCAGAAAUAAAAACCAACCGACAGGAUGAACUAAUUGAAGCUAAAAGCUCUACCCAUGAAAAUAAAAUUGAGAUUGAACCUUUAAUUACAGAAUUAUGUAAUGAACUUCUUGACGGUACGGUUCAAGAACAUUCCAAUGAAAAAUCUGAAACCAAGGAAACCAAUGAAAUCAAGGAAUGUAUCGACUUAAAAUUAGACGAAGAAAAUACUAUAGAAACUGAAGAUGAUAAGCUCGAUUAUUAUCUUCGUUUGGCAAACGAGAACGUGAAGAUGAUUGCAGAGGCUUUUAGCAGCGUUGCCGACCACCUACGCGAUGGCCUUGACGUUGGAGAUGAUUCAUCGAGUCGUUUUAGGACCGAUGGCGAUAAUACACAUGAAACUAGCACACGUUCGUCGUCGUUUUUGGUCGAGGGAGAUGAAAAGACGCUGGAUGAGGUGUCAACGUCCUCGAAGAACGAAGAUCUUGUUAGAAAAAGCGUUGAAUCCGACGUAUCCAUAGAAAAGCUUGACGUUCCUAACCUCAAAGAAAAUAACGUUAGACGUCCAUCGGACAUAGAGAUCGAUCUUAACAAAGCCGUGGAAGAUCUACAAAUAGCCGCAGCCAGUUUAAGCGGGAAUGUACAAGAAAUGGAAGAACUUGAAGUUCGACUAACAAAAUUGGGUGAAGGUCAUUUGGACGUUCAAAUCGAAGACAAGGCUGACGAAAAAAAUGCGGCAAAACUUAAAUUAUUUACCGUAGAGAAGAAAGAUGUUAUUUCUGAGUCUGACGUAGGACAAGGAACAGAAAAAAAUGAUGAACAAAAAUGUGAAAUAUUGGAGCCAAUAGAAACGCAAGAUGGCAACAGGCGUAUUGCGGUUCGCGAAGGUGAGAGGAAUGUAUGGGACGUUGAUUUGAAAAAUUACGACGAGAAUUAUCUCGCACGACCGAUCGAAAUACGUGUUCCUUAUGUAACUAACAUCAUUACUAUAACUAUAACAGAAUAUUCCAUGGUUUUACUCGCUUGCCUCCUUGCACUGCUUUUAGCAAUCGUAGCAGCGUCGUGAGAAAGGUCUCAACUGCAUAUGAAUAUGUAUGUAUAUGGUCUCCAGGAUAUUAUUCGUUCGGCAUGCGAUAAAGGUUACCAUGCGAAUGUGUAAACUCGAUUACUAUGGUGUCGUGGAUUCACGUAUGGCGGCGACAGGUGUGUUCCUUCUUUCGAAUGUUUAAAUAAAAAGAAAAAAGAAAAAGAAAACAAUACGCAACUUUUUACGAACCGAUUGAGAAAGGAACGAUUUUGUUGUUCUCGUUGUUGUUGUUGUUGUUGUUGUUAUUGUUGCUGCUGCUGUUAUUGUUGCUAUUGUUACUGUUGUUGGUUUUAAUAAAGUUUAGACAUUCGUGCCGCA